GCGUUCACCGCCAGAUCCUGUUCGCCACCGUGGGGUGGUUCGUUGGCUAUUACCUUACCAAGCGUGCGGAGUACAUCCACGCCAAGGUGGACAGAGAGCUGUUCGAGUACGUCAGGCAGCACCCGGAAGACUUCAAGGCAGCAGAAAAGAAAAGGAUAGGAGAGCUUUUGGAGGAUUUCCACCCAGUCCGCUGA